UAUGGCACAGCUUACUUAUCCCGUACGUGACUGUGGCGCGCGUGCCUAUUUAUUUUAUUUAUGGUCUGAGUUUAUCAUCACUGGCCCUCAAAAAUGACGUUGGAUAAACAGCAGCAUACAAACCGACUGUUUCCAGGAGCAGAGUAUUCUUCUUCUCUGGCUGUGGUUUUCUGGUUGUUCUUGAGUUUGCUGUCGUUUUAUACUGUUUUCUACAUAACAGCCAGCCUAGUACAUGGGAUAUUUCAAUUGAGCAACUUCGAUGGUACAAUCCCUUUUCAUUACAAGAGCUUUGAAAACAUUUUUACAAAUUCUACAGUAUGGAGUACACAGCCCUUUCUUGGUGAUUUCAUAGCUUUGGAGUGUACCUACUUCUUCUCAGCAUUUGUGUUCUUGACAUUUUUGCGUCAGCGUUUGUGGGACUUUUCUAUCACAGUUACUGUGGUUCACUCAGCAAUAACUUGUGCAGUUAACAUCAGUUUUCCUCUUGUAUGGGAAUGGUGGAUCUGUAUCCUUGUGGGUCUCUUUAUCAACAUCAGCUUUGGACAACUCAUCAAUCAGAUCAUUAAUAUGAAGAAGAAAGGCUCCAUGGAUCUCAACAAGACAUGAACAUUACAGGAGUAGUUUCAUAAGACCAGAGAAGGGGAAGAGUAAAACCUGUUUAAACAUGACAUUGUUAUACAUAUAUGUAACAACUUUUUUAUACAUUUCAAUAAGGUUUGAAUUUUAUCAUGUUUUAUUUACUUUCUGAGUAUUAAAAAAAGAACAGACCCCAGCAUCUGUCCGCCAAACUGUAUUAUGCUGUUGGGGGAAAACAACUUGAAGCAGAAAGAUUAUGCGGUCACUUCAUCUGAAAUAGUACAAUGUAUAUGCAAAGUAUGAGCAAGAUAAUUAUUUCUUAAGGAAAGAUUCACUCUCACUUUGUUCCAUUUGAUUAUACAGUUUUUAAGAACUUAUUUUGUUAAAGAUAAAACAACCACUCAUCUAUUGGAAAUGUGUAGUGGGAUUUGUACUUUUAUCCAGUAACGUUUCAUGAGCAUUUUUGCUGCUUGAAUUUGCCCUCUUCUGCUCUGAUAAAGAGAAUCCCCCUUUUGAUAAAAAACUGAAAAUGGCUAUGAAACACUUGCUGCAACACUAAACUUUUAACAUGAAAAUCAACUCUAUUUUAUAAGCUCGGUGUAAAUAAAUUUCUGUGAAAAUAUUCUGAAAGUAUUACUUAAGAAUUCGUUUGAAUGCACAUCUUUGAGUGCAAUUUUUUUCUGUAAGUCACUAGCCUAUAUAGCCUUACAUAUAUGCUUGUACAACAUUACAGCCAAAGAAGUACAUUCUGGUAAAGUAAUGAAUAAACUCAAAUGUAAACCUUUGUAUUUUUAA